AUGGCUACAGCAGAUUUCUCCCACCACUUCUCCAACAAGAACAUUCCCUUUGGAAUCGCUUCUUCAGCCGCCCAUGAGAACCCUCAGGCUGUCACUAGACUGGGAAACACUGUCGUCUUUCUGAAUGAUGCCGUAGACCUGUUCAAGGAUGUCGAGGGUGUUUUCAACCAACCAACUCUCAACGCGUUUGCAGCUCUCCCCAGGAGCGUGCACCAAGAUGUUCGAAAGCAAAUCCAAUCAGCAUACCAAAAGAGCGGACUUGACGGCUUCUCGUCCGCUAGCAAGGAAGAUUUUAGCGCCGUCACAAUGCAUCUACCCAUGGAAAUCAAAGACUUUGCAGACUUCUCCUGCUCUUUGGAUCACGUCAUAAACGCAGGACGUAUUGUUGUCAACAAUCCCAACCCACCGCCAGGCUUCUUUCACUUUCCUGUCGGCUAUCAAGGUCGCACAAGCUCCAUUGUUGUGUCAGGUACCGACAUUGAGCGACCAUACGGACAAUUCCGCAACCCCAAUACGUCUAAUGGAGAAAGCGCUGUCGUUUACGGACCUUCUCAAAAGGUUGAUUAUGAGGUUGAACUCGCGGCUGUCAUUGGAAAGCCGUUGGGCAUGAAGCAGAGGCUGAAUGCAAAGGAUGCGGAGGAACACAUCUUUGGUUUUGCUAUCCUCAACGACUGGAGUGCCCGCGAUAUUCAAGGUUUUGAGAUGAGUCCUCUUGGUCCAUUCAACGGCAAGAGUCUGGGAACUUCACUCUCUCCAUGGAUCGUCACACUCGACGCCCUAGACCCUUACAGGACACGCUCCCCCGCUCAGCAAACCCUUGCAGCGUCAUACCUCCAACAUCCAAACCCAUCAACCUUUUCCAUCACCAUGAAAGUUGAAGUCUUGGCCAACGAGACUGCCACAACUGUCGGUGUGUGUCCUGUGGAGGCUCUGUACUGGACUCCCCAGCAGAUGAUUGCCCACUCUGUCAGUUCAGGCAGUGCUCUCCGAACUGGAGAUGUUCUGGCUACGGGAACAGUCACUGGUUCCGACGAAACGAGCAGAGGAUGUAUGCUCGAGGCAACAGAGGGUGGUUCCAAGCCUCUUACUCUGGAAGAUGGAUCCAAGAGAGGAUUCCUCGAGGAUGGUGAUGUCGUCAGGAUAACAGCUGUUGUUGGAAAGGAAGGUUCUGGCGUUGGAUUUGGAGAAUGUACUGGACAACUUACGCCUGCUCGACCUUAUUAG